UAGAGUGGCGAGCGGCACAGGCACCAAGAUGUCCAACCGAGUGGUCUGCCGGGAAGCCAGUCACGCCGGGAGCUGGUACACAGCCUCAGGACCACAGCUGAAUGCACAGCUAGAAGGUUGGCUCUCACAAGUACAGUCUACAAAAAGACCUGCUAGAGCCAUUAUUGCACCCCACGCAGGAUAUACAUACUGUGGGUCUUGUGCUGCUCAUGCUUACAAACAAGUGGACCCAUCUAUUACCCGGAUAAUUUUCAUCCUUGGGCCUUCUCAUCAUGUGCCCCUCUCUCGAUGUGCACUUUCCAGUGUGGAUAUAUAUAGGACACCUCUGUAUGACCUUCAUAUUGACCAAAAGAUUUACGGAGAACUAUGGAAGACAGGAAUGUUUGAACGCAUGUCUCUGCAGACAGAUGAAGAUGAACACAGUAUUGAAAUGCAUUUGCCUUAUACAGCUAAAGCCAUGGAAAGCCAUAAGGAUGAGUUUACCAUUAUUCCUGUACUGGUUGGAGCUCUGAGUGAGUCAAAAGAACAGGAAUUCGGAAAACUCUUCAGUAAAUAUCUAGCGGAUCCUAGUAAUCUCUUUGUGGUUUCUUCUGAUUUCUGCCAUUGGGGUCAAAGGUUCCGUUACAGUUACUAUGAUGAAUCCCAGGGGGAGAUUUAUAGAUCCAUUGAACAUCUAGAUAAAAUGGGUAUGAAUAUUAUAGAACAACUAGACCCUGUAUCUUUUAGCAAUUACUUGAAGAAAUACCAUAAUACUAUAUGUGGAAGACAUCCCAUUGGGGUGUUAUUAAAUGCUAUCACAGAGCUCCAGAAGAAUGGAAUGAAUAUGAGCUUUUCCUUUUUGAAUUAUGCCCAGUCAAGCCAGUGUAGAAACUGGCAAGACAGCUCAGUGAGUUAUGCAGCGGGAGCACUCAUGGUCCACUGAAGCUCUGAAUCCUCAGGGAUGCCACCUGCACAUACUCAUUCUCUGUCCGGGGUCCCCGCCUAGCCCUUACCAAGAUACUGGUCCUGGUUUGGGGGGAUUCUGAAACCUCAAACUAAUAGAACUUUCUUCUCUUCUUUUCUAGUAGGUGUAGUCCUUCCUUAAUUUCAACUCAUUA